UAUGUUAUCUUACAGCAAUAUUUUGUUGUUAUUCUAUGCUAAAGAAGUACCGUAUUAAAAGAUACUUCUGUGAAAUGGUGCUCAAUGGGUCAAAUAUCUUGCAUUGAGAAAGUCUCUGAAGAUUUCUACCUUCAGUCUGUAAUGAAAAUUGAUUUAAGUUCUCUCACAUACAGAGAAUUUUUGCUUCGAAUUUAUGAAUUAAAUGUAAUUACUCAACCAAUGUCUUCAAAAAUUGGGAAGAAGUUUGUUUUUGCCCCAAUAAAAGAUACAGAAUCAUCAUUCUUUUGGAAGGCUGCCAUUAGAAUUGGAUGUUUACGAAUUAAUUCUUCAACUAACAGAAUAGAAUCUUAUCGUAUAUUAACCUUGCCACAGUUUGUUCAUACUUAUCAAGCUUUGAUGUAUCAACACUUUGCUAGUAAACUCCCACCAACUAAAUAUAUGAAUAAGAAAAUUAAUAGGAAGAAAAGUAAAAAAGAAGGUAGUAAAAAUAAAGAAGCUUUACUAACGAUGAAAGUUUGUAACAGGUUUGGUGAAAUAGAAAAGAUAAAAUCUGAUUUGGAAGAAUGUUGUAUAUGCAUGGAUAAAAAGCCCAAUAUCAUGCUACCUUGUACACAUUGUUUUUGUUUGCCUUGUAUUGAAACCUGGAAAGCUUCCAGGAAAAAUUGUCCACUCUGUCGAGAAGAAACCUCAGAAAACUUAGAAGAGACUUGGAUUAUAGCAGAAGCUCCAGAUCCAUCAGAAAUAGAUUCAGAACUACAAAAAACACUGUUAAAUCUUACAAAUAAUCCUCAGAAUUAAUUAGUAUAGGAUUGUUUUAAUGUAUGCAGAAAAGAAUCAAACAUUCUGUUCUACAGAACAUCAUUAUUGCUUUGGUUUUUACCUUAAUUUUCUGUAUUCUGUUUGACUGACUAUGUAAUAAUUAAACACUCAAUACAGUUUUUGCUUUUUAUAUUUUCAUAUUUAAAAUUACUUAAUUACAUAAAUUGUUCUUAUCAACUUUCUUGAAAAGAUUUAGUCUAUAUAAGCAUGGUAUAUAAUUUUAUUAUAUAUAUCUUGAUCAAAUUUUGUUUAUUUAUUUAUUAAUCUUGUGUCUAUAUACAGUAUAUAUUUUAUUUCUAAUAUUAAUUACAGUAAUGAAGUUUUUUUUAAUUGCUGAUGGCACACUAAACUGGAUGCAAUGAUUAAAUAUAGGUAUGAUCUAAUAAAAAUUUUAAUUUGAUGGCAUAGAAGUAUUUUAGUAGAUUACUGUGAUAUUUAUAAUUUUUUGCAAUAUUACAAACAAGUCUUUAUUUAAACUUUCAAGUAGCAUUUUCAUAGAUAUAUACAUUUAAGCUAAUAACUGAAGUGAACUAGGUAACCUAAUAUCUUAAUAGUUGGACUUAUUGUAAUAAAACAACUUAUUUAGAUAGGAAAAGAAAAUAAGAUUUAAAAAAAUUGUAUAAUUGAAAUAUCAAGCAUUUUUCACUAACUUGGGAUAAAAUUUUUCUUUUUGUAAUAAAUUUUUUAUAAUUUGAAAAUGUCAGUUACUUGUAAUUUAGAAGAUAAUACACUGAUCAAAGCAAUUACAGAAAGAUGCUACACAGAAAAUCAUUUACAAUGAACAAUUUUGAAUGUCAGAUGUUAUUUUUCAAAAGAUAAUUAUACUAAUGUGUGAAAGAAUAUGCAUUUGGGCCAAAUUAUUGUCAUGUAUUUCACUGGCUUGUACAUUUUGCCAAAAUCACAUGCUCCAUAAUUGUUUUGAUCAGUGUAAGUAUUUAAUAAUGCAAAUUAUGCAUUAAAACUAAAUAUAAUUAAGAAAAUGACCAAGAAUGAUUAAAUAUUUUAGAAUUUUUAAAAAAUUUACUAUUUUAGAAAUUGUGUAUUAAUGCACUAUUAAAAGUAAAUUACAGUAGAGCAUUGAUUAUCCGAAUGCCAAUCAAUCGAAAUGUCGGUUAACCGAAAGCGUUCUGAUUGGACUGUGUUGUGCUUAAUCGAACAGUUUUGAUACUAUAUUAACUUCUAAAGUAUAAUUUUUUUUCUUUUUAUAUUUUUCAAUAUAUUUAUUUUGCAUGUACAAAAUAAAGAAAUAAUUUUUAAUGAUACUAUAGCCACAAUUAUUAUU